GAAAACUACUUAUUAAAAACUAACUCGCCAGCAACAGUGUGCUCUUCUUCAGUAUUCUCGUACGCUUCUCAUCGUUUUUCUUAGGAGAGAGAAAAUCCUAAAACCCUAUAUAAUACUCUAACAACCACCAUGCCAGGCCCCAUUGUUGAAGAUGCGCUCAAGCAAGCUCUACUCGAUGAUGUUGUAAUUGAAGAUGAGAGGGAAGAAAUUGUUGUGGAGGAUGAUCAUGAGGAUGACGAUGAAGAUGACGACGAUGAUGAUGGCAAAGAUCUCAUGGCUGAUGUCUCUGGUGACGGUUCAAAGCAGACUAGGAGUGAGAAGAAGAGCCGGAGAGCCAUCUUGAAGUUCGGCAUGAAACCUGUUACAGGUGUUAGCCGUGUCACCAUCAAGCGACAGAAAAAUAUAUCGUUUUUCAUUGCAAAGCCUGAGGUGUUCAAGAGCCCGAAUUCUGAGACCUAUAUUAUAUUCGGAGAGGCAAAGAUUGAAGACUUGAGCUCUCAGCUACAAACACAGGCUGCCGAGCAGUUUAGACUCCCUGACAUGUCAUCCACGAUUGGCAAACCAGAAGCUUCUGCUGCAAUUACUGCUCCUCAGGAGGAUGUGGAGGAGGAAGAGAUCGAUGAAACAGGGGUUGAGCCUCGUGACAUUGAAUUGGUCAUGACUCAAGCUGGGGCUACAAGGAGCAAGGCUGUCGAGGCACUCAAGAAGUCUAAUGGCGAUAUUGUUAGUGCUAUCAUGGAGGUCACUCUGUAGGUGGGACUAAUAGUAGUUUUACCCAAGACAAAUUUGAAGUGAUGAGAUAAUGCAUUUUUGAACUGCUGCCUAUUGAUUUUAAGUGUUAUUAGCAUUUUCAUAAUAAUUGCCUCAUUUCAUUGAAGUAGCUCCAUUGUUAGUCUGACUUCUGUGAAUAUACAAUCUUUAAUAGUAUUUUUUUCUGGCUA